AUGUCAUUUUUUCAACAGAAACCAGCAGUUUCUAGUUCUUCUACCAUAGCCACAGAUGCUGAUAUGGCUAAUGAUAUUGUAAUUAAUAAUCCUGCCGAGGAUUCGAUAUCAGAUGUUGCAUUCUCAACCCAAAAUGAGUUCGUCUUCAGUGCCAGUUCUUGGGACGGCAAAGUGAAGAUAUGGAAUAUCAAUAAUGGUAACCCACAGGCAGUUGCACAAUAUUCCCACUCAGCUCCAGUCUUGAGUACUAGAUGGUCUGGAGAUGGGACUAAGGUGGCAUCAGGUGGCUGUGAUAAUAUUGUCAAACUUUUUGAUCUUACUACUAAUCAAGAACAACAAGUUGGUACACAUGAUUCAGCAAUUAAAAAUUUAAGAUUUGUUAAUUGUGGCCCUACAAAUAGUCAAUGUCUAGUUACUGGUUCGUGGGAUAAGACUAUCAAAUAUUGGGAUUUAAGACAGCAACAGCCAAUUGCUACUCUUGCUAUGCCCGAUCGUGUUUAUGCUAUGGACUCUAGUAACCAGCUACUAGUUGUCGGAACUGCAGAAAGACAUAUAGCGGUAAUUAACUUAACAAACCCAGGUCAAAUAUACAAAACUAUACAGUCUCCACUGAAAAUGCAAACAAGAACAAUCGCAUGUUAUCCUUCAGGUGAUGGUUAUGCUAUUGGCUCCAUAGAGGGUAGAAUAGCAAUCCGAUAUUUAGAUGAGGAAAUACAAAAGAAAUCAGGAUUUUCCUUUAAAUGUCAUAGGAAAACCAAUCCUAAUAGAAGUAUUGGAGCUUCCAGUCAAACUGAUGUAUUCUCAGUUAAUAGUAUUUCAUUCCAUCCUAUAUAUGGUACAUUUGUAUCAGCUGGUAGUGAUGGUACUUUCCAUUUCUGGGAUAAAAAUAAGAAGCAUAGAUUAAAAGGAUAUCCUGCCCAAAAUGGCUCUAUAUCAGCAGUGAAUUUUAAUGGGAAAGGGAGCCUUUUAGCCUAUUCUUUAGGUUAUGAUUGGAGCAAAGGGCAUAGCUUUAAUACUCAAAAUUAUGCUAAUAUCAUUAGAAUCCAUGCUCCAACAGAUGCUGAAGUCAAGGAGAAGGCUAGGUGA